UUUAUGUGAUGUUAUAAAACAUGUCACAGUAUAGAUUAUUGGGUGUUAUUGCGAGUUUUUCGCACAUAAAUAAAAAUAUUAUAGUACGACCAGCAAUCUAUAAAUCAUUAAGAACAUUUGCUACCUCAUCAAACACAAAACAUUUAAAAUACAAAGUUGUGGACAAUGUAGCAGUAAUUACUAUAGACUCCCCAGGAGUCAAGGUUAAUACUUUGGACCAAGAGAUAAUGAAUGAAAUUGUAAGUGUCCUAAAAAAUGCUGAACAAAAUACUGCUGUAAAUUCUGUAGUUCUUAUAAGUGGAAAACCAAGUUGUUUCAUUGCUGGAGCUGAUAUUACUAUGAUACAGCAGUUUAAAACUGUAGAAGAUGGCUAUAAAGUCUCUUCUGCAGCUCAAGAAAUUUUAAACAGCAUAGAGAAAAGUCAAAAGCCAGUUGUAGCUGCAAUUCAAGGCAGUUGUGUAGGAGGAGGUCUUGAGGUAGCAAUGGCUUGUCAUUACCGACUUGCUGUGAAUGAUCAGAAAACCAGUUUAGGUUUGCCAGAAGUAAUGUUAGGUCUUUUACCUGGAGCAGGUGGUACACAAAGGUUACCUCAAUUAACAUCAAUUCUUAAUGCUUUAGAUAUGACUCUGACUGGUAGAAAUGUUAAAGCAGAUAAAGCUAAAAAAAUUGGCCUUGUGGAUAUUGUAGUAAACCGUCUUGGUCCUGGUAUUGGAACACCAGAAGAAAACACUAUGAGAUAUUUAGAAGAAACUGCUAUUAGAGCUGCAAAAGAUAUUGCAAGUGGAGCCUUAAAAAUUGACAGAGGUCCUAAAACCCUGUUUGAUAAACUUAUGAAUUAUAUUUUGUCCUUUGAAUUCAUAAAGGAUCAAAUAUUUAGUAGGGCAAAAAAUAAAGUAAUGAAGAAAUCUGGGGGUUUGUAUCCUGCUCCACUUAAAAUCUUAGAUGUAAUACGUACUGGCAUAGGUAAAGGAUCUAAAGUUGGUUAUGAAGCAGAGGCUAAGGCCUUUGGUGAAUUAGCAAUUACACCUCAAUGUAGAGGACUUACAAGUUUAUUUUUUGGACAAACAGCUUGUAAAAAGAAUCGUUUUGGUGCACCUAAAACUCCUGCUAAGAAAAUUGCUAUUGUUGGUGCUGGUCUUAUGGGAGCAGGUAUUGUUCAAGUAAGUAUAGAUAAAGGUUUUUCUGUGGUCAUGAAAGACACAAAUGAAAAGGGUUUAUACCGUGGUUUAAAUCAAAUACAAAAGGGAAUGGACAUUGCUGUUAAAAAGAAGAAAUAUUCCAGUGUUCAAAAAGAUAAAUAUCUUUCUCAGCUUGAUGCUACUUUAGAUUAUGGUUCAUUUAAAAAUGCAGAUAUCGUAAUUGAAGCUGUAUUCGAAGACAUUGCAAUUAAACAUAAGGUUAUAAAGGAAAUUGAAGCAAAUGCACCACAACACUGUAUAUUGGCAACUAAUACAUCAGCAAUUCCUAUUACUGAAAUAGCUGCUGGUAGUAGUCGCCCAGAUAAAGUGAUUGGAAUGCACUACUUCUCACCAGUAGAUAAAAUGCAACUGUUAGAAAUAAUAACACAUAAAGGUACAUCAACUGAAACUAUUAAAGCUGCAGUUGAUGUAGGUUUAAAACAAGGAAAAACGGUUAUUACUGUUGGUGAUGGUCCUGGAUUUUAUACAACAAGAAUUCUGUCUGCUAUGUUAUCUGAAGCUAUUAGAUUAAUGCAGGAAGGUGUGGACCCCAUGGAUUUGGACGACAUGACUAAAAAGUUUGGAUUUCCUGUCGGAGCAGCAACUUUAUCAGAUGAAGUUGGUAUUGAUGUUGGUGCUCACAUAAGCGCGCAUCUUGUAAAAGCUUUGGGUGAACGUUUUAGGGGUGGAGAUGUAAAUAUACUUGGUGACAUCGUCAAAGCUGGCUUUUUAGGUCGAAAAUCUGGCAAAGGAAUAUUUAUUUAUGAAACUAAUACAAAGAACAGAAAUGUUAACCUUGCAGCAUUAGAUAUUUUGAAGAAAUAUAAACUCGAGCCAAAAGGAAGUACGUCCAUUGAAGAUCGUCAAUUAAGAAUGGUUUCUCGAUUUGUUAAUGAAGCGGUGUUUUGUUUAGAAGAAAGUAUUUUGGCUAAUCCGUUGGAAGGCGAUGUAGGAGCUGUUUUUGGAUUAGGGUUUCCUCCAUUUACCGGUGGUCCUUUCCGUUGGAUAGAUUCUUAUGGAGCUAAUCAGUUAGUGAAAAAAAUGGAAGAAUUCCAAAGUCAUUAUGGCGAUGCAUUUAAACCAUGCCAAAUGUUAUAUGAUAUGGCAUCUGAUCCAAGCAAGAAAUUCCAUAAACAAUAA